GAUGACAAUGGGCAUUAUGCAUAUUGUUUUCUUUUUUCCUGAAUAAAAAAAAAUUAAUUUUAAUUAUUGCUAAAUUUGAAAACGAAUGUUACAUACAUAUGUGUGUACACAGAUAUUGAAAUGGAGAAACUAGUGCCAGAUCCAGAAUACACAAGAACUACUCAUUUAGUCAUUGAUGGGAUGGCGGCAGAGUUUCAAAACCCUCCUCAACCAAUUUCUAUUCCCAGGAAUGAAAAUGUUCAUAAAUUAUUUACGGUAUCUGAUAAUCAAUUGCACGUAGUUGUAAAUUCAUCGGUAAAAUCAGGGAUUUAUAAGAAAGUUCCAAAGCAAAAAGAGGAAAAUGAACCCAUUAGUUUGUAUAAUUGCACAAAGUUUAUGGAAAAAAAAUUAGAAACUCUAGCAACAGAGGUAUUAAAUUUAUCACCUGGGAAGUUUAAAAUUUAUAAAAAUAGGAAUAUUGUAGUGGGAAAGGAUAGUAAGCAACGAAAAAGGUUCAUUUAUAAAAUUGUUGAGCCUCGAUCUUUAAAUUUGUAUUCACCAAGCAAUGAUGGUUCGAAAAAUAUUGAUAAUUUAAAAAGAAAUGUUGGAAGGCCUAGAAAUUCUUCAAUACUUAAAGUAGAGCCAGAAAAACAAAUUAUUCCGGUAUCAAUAACAAGAUCUGGAAGAAUAUCAAAGCCGACUAUAAAGAGUCAUAAUGGUAUUGUCCUUACACCUAGCGAUAUUAUAAAAGGAUCAGAUCAGACGUUCACUGUACCAGAAAUAAAAGAUAAAGAUUUUAAGUAUUAUAAAGAUGUCACUUCUCGUGAAUUUUUAUCAGAAAAUUUACCGAUAGAAAAUUCGAAAGAUAAAAGAAUCCGCAAAAUACCUUCAGAUUCUCAGUGUCCAGUAUGUAAUAAAAUAUUAUUGGGAAAAAGAAUGCAAAAACAUUUUGAAACUUAUCCAGAUCAUAAUAUAAAAAACCUAGAAAAAGCUCAGUCGUCUGUCUAUGAGUUGACAUUAUAUAAAUUUCUAGUUAACAAAAUUAAAUUAAUUUCAAAUGAUGAUAAUGACCAAAAAACAGACCUGUUUUUAACAGAGCUUUCUGAUUUAAUAGAACAAAUUCAGUCUCGCAAUUCUAAGUUAGUUCAAAGUACAUCUGGAAUACAUUUUGUUUCUUUAAAAUUGUCAAAAAUUUUGGGUAUUCCUGAAGGGCAAUAUUCAAUUAACAUGAAUGCCAUAGAAUCCAUGCCAGAUCCGGUUAUCCCCAUAGAAGAAACAAUGCAACUAAGACCUUUGGCACCACCGCAGCCAAGAUUGGCGGAUUAUAAUUUGAGUAUAUCGCUUGAUGACACAAUAACGGCGAAGUUAAAUCUAUCUGAUAACAUUAUUCCGUCUGAGGAAAGUCUGUUAAGGACGGUAAAUGACUUAGUUCAGCAAGAUAUUAAGAAAAUAGGAGAUCACGAUGAUAUCAGUUUAAAUAGCGACAUGUUACAGCUCUCACAAACAAAUGAUAAAACAAGCGUCAUGCAUUACGAUCAUGCCAGUGAUAAUGCUGUAGAAGCACUCAAUAUGAAAUCUACUUUGCAACCGCCCAUAUUAGAUUUAUCUUUGGAUUUGUUUCAAUUUACUAGUUAGUAUGAUAUAUAAAAAAU